AUGUGCAAAUCGACCGACUUUCAAUCCACAAAGGAACGCACUGUCCUAAAAGCACUAUCACCCAAUGUUUCUAGUCGGAAACGAACACUCCGACAACGAAAAGUCUGCUUCAGCAAUGAGGAAAACGCUGCCUCUUCCCCAUUGAAGGAAAUCACUAAUGAACAUGUUGCCAACGUUUGGUAUUCCAAGGGAGAGAUCGGUUCCUUCAAGGCACAAGCCAAAUAUUUGGUCUUGAGCGGUCUUCCACCCAAGGAGGACACCUUUGGACUGGAACGGUACCAACUGGAACGUUCCCGCCAAAAGAGAGCUACCGUGAACUACGUGGUCUUGUCCCAAAAGGUCAACCGAGACUCGGAAUUCCAAUCCUACAUUUCGCGCCGCAAUAGCUCCACUUCCAAAGAAGCAGCCUUGAAUCAGGCACUAGAGAACUUCUGCCAAGUCUACGAUCCGCUCAGUUCCUUGCUGGAAGGCGGGGACAAUUACGAUGAACACUUCUUUGCUGAGGAUGAAAACACUACUGGAAACAAGAGAUCCAUUUCUGAUGUUUCCUUCAACAUGGCCAUGAUUGAUGAAACAUGCCAUGCAGAAGAAGAAGAGCCAUUGCCAAGAGUUCGUCAACGCACCGUUGCUGCUGUUGCAUGCUAG